UCCUCUGUCCCUUUUUCUCUCUAAUGCUGAUGUGUUACUAACUUACUACAAGCAAGUCUGCAAAAUGUUCAACUUUGUGUCAAAAUUAUCGCUACUUUUCCUCCUCGCCUUUCCCUGUGGAUUGGUAUCGAUCGCUCAUGUCGGCGCUGAACCAGACUCCAGUGAGGACUUAGAUCCAGAUGUGGCUGUCGACGAGGAAGAGGAGGAGGAAGAUGUCGUAGAGGAAGACCAGCUUCAACAAACUGAGGAUGAAGAGGAGGAAGAAGCGUCCGAUCCUGGAGCCCUGACCUCUCACCCCGACGCAGACACCACCAUCGUCUUCACCACCGGAGAAGAGUUCCCAGCCAAUGAGAUCGUUCGGUUCCUGGUCGGUUUCACAAACAAAGGAAGUCAAGAUUUCAGUGUUCAGUCUCUGGAGGCCUCCUUCCGCUAUCCUCAGGACUUUCAGUUUUACAUCCAGAAUUUCACAGCACUCCCUCUUCAAACUCUGGUGAAGCCUCAAGUCCAGGCCACAUUUGAAUACUCGUUCAUCCCGGCUCAGCCCAUGGCCGGACGCCCCUUCGGCCUCGUCAUCCUCCUCAAUUAUCUGGACUCAGAGGGUAACUCUUUCCAAACAGCCAUCUACAACCAGACAGUGACCAUCACGGAGAAAGAAGAGGGACUGGACGGAGAAACAAUCUUCAUGUACAUCUUCCUUAUUGGACUGGUGUCGUUGAUGGUCUUCGCCAUGUACCAGCUCCUGGAGUCCAGAACGAGAAAGCGUCUGUCUGUGAAGGUGGAGAAAGGCACAGGAAACAUGAGCGACGUGGACAUCAGCUGGAUCCCUCAGGAGACACUCAACGUCAUGAAUAAGGCCUCUCCUAAAACAUCUCCGAGGAAGAGAGCCAAGAGGGCGGCCGGCACAGAUCAAUAAACGGCUCUCCUCCGAUCCAUCAUGACCGCAGCUCUCAAUGCACAGCCCUCUCCGUUACUUAAUACCCCACUCACAUAAAGCCACAGCCAUCAUCAUCUGCUGUUGUUGUUCUGAGGGUCCGUUUGAGAGCCGGCUUCUUCACGGCAAAAGGAAAAACACCUGCGUUCUUGAGUAGUUUUUGACUCGCUGUUUAGAUGUGUUAAAGGUGCAUUGUGGAACUUUUCUGGUGUAGGAUAUACAACAUGCUUGUCUCUAUGGAGAUGUUAUUGCUUUGCUUAGAUUGAAAUGUUCCACAGUGAGGUUAAAACUGAGGUUCAACUGCAUCACCAGGCCAAGUUACACCCUGUGACUUUGCUUACUGUGAGAAUCUAUGGUAUUUUUUGAAUAAUAAAUGUGUAAUUAAAUCAAUUCUGAACAUAAAUGAUUAAAGCCAUAGUGUGUAACAUUGCAGGCAAAGCAAAAACACCUGCCUUCAUCUGCUUGUCUCAAACCCUAAACCAGAAAAGCUCCACAGUGCACCUUUAAAGAGGAAAUUGAGCAUGUCAAACCUGCUUGAAUGAAGAUAAUUAUUCUGAUUCAAUCCAGAGGCACUGCUCUGUAUUGUGGAGGUUGUAACACUAAAAGCAGAAUUUUAAAGGGAGUUUUUCUGAUAAAUGUUUUUUUCUUUGAGGAAGUUGUAAAAAUGGCCUGGUUUGUUUCAUAUCAGUGUUGACAUUAAAGUUUACACAAAUGGUACAGUAUUCUUGCUCUAAAGGGAAUUGUGAGUUUAAGAUCAUUCCCGGUUUAUCCACAUUUUAUUUUCAAAAUUUUCCAUAAAGUUGGAAUUAAAUAUUGUUAAUUCAUUUAAAACUGUGCCUUAAAAACCUAUAGACCUCACCUGGGUACACUGCAUCUGGUUUUUAAAUAAAAAGAAUGUGCCUUACAGUUGCAAUCUUUGGCAAAACUAUGCAUUUAAUGAGAAAUAUUUACAUUUCUUAAAACUGCAGCUAAACCAAACAGUGUUUUCAAGUUUUAGGAAUUUUGUUUAAAUAAAAA